UUAAUUCUAAUCACUCACCAACUCGAGAACUUGGAAGAGAAAAAGAAUCGAUUUUACUACUCCAGCUUUCUCCCCCUUCUUUUUUUCGCAAGAAAAAUUCUUCUUUUGAUUGUGAGAUUCUUGCGAUUGAGACUUGGGGAUCAGUAGGUGCUCGAUCUCGAGCUCGCCGACGCGGAUCGGGACUUGGGGCAGUUUGGCCCUUGGAGAUCGGCGUCAUGGUUUCGUAAGAGAUUGCGUCCGCCUAGGGGCGAGGUAGAGGCCGGGGCUUAGUUCGAGAUCGAUGGGUUCUUGCAUGUCCUUGGAGAACCAGAUUGAAAUAGGCAAAGCUGCUGCAUCUCUAUGUCCAGCAAAGCAAAGUAUCAGUUCAUCACAGAGCAACAGUUCAAGUACACUAGCUCCUCCAAAGGAUGUGAAUGACCUUCUGGUUUCUGGAUAUGGAAAUGUCUACAUAUUUACCUACAGUGAAUUGGGAGCAGCUACUAGAAAUUUUCGACCAGAUCAAAUUCUUGGAGAAGGUGGUUUUGGAGUUGUAUAUAAAGGUGUCAUUGAUGAGAAUGUGAGGCCAGAUUUUGAGUCCACUCAAGUUGCUGUGAAAGAGCUCAAUCCGAAUGGUCUACAAGGGGACAAAGAAUGGCUGGCAGAAGUUAACUAUCUGGGGCAACUAAGUCACCCGCAUCUUGUCAAACUUAUUGGUUAUUGCUGUGAGGGUAACCAUAGGCUGCUAGUAUACGAGUAUAUGGCUUGUGGAAGCCUGGAAAAGCACCUGUUCCGAAGGGUUUGCCUUACAAUGCCAUGGUGCACUCGGAUGAAAAUUGCUAUUGGUGCAGCAAAAGGACUUGCCUUUCUUCAUGGAGCUGAACGAUCCAUCAUAUAUCGUGACUUCAAAACAUCAAAUAUAUUACUAGACACGGAAUAUAAUGCGAAGCUCUCAGACUUUGGCCUUGCAAAGGAAGGGCCUAUGGGCGACCAAACUCAUGUUUCAACUCGGGUCGUGGGCACAUAUGGAUAUGCGGCCCCUGAGUAUAUGAUGACUGGCCAUUUAACUGCAAGGAGUGAUGUCUAUGGUUUUGGAGUUGUGCUACUUGAGAUGCUUUUAGGGAGAAGAGCAGUGGACAAAAGCCGUCCAAACCGACAACAAAAUCUAGUUGAGUGGGCUCGACCACUCCUCAUCCAUAACAGGAAGUUGCUGAAGAUCUUGGAUUCAAGAUUGGAAGGGCAAUAUUCUAACAGAGUUGCUACUGAGGUGGCUAGUUUGGCAUAUCGGUGCCUCAGCCAAAACCCAAAAGGCAGGCCCGCUAUGAAUGAGGUGGUUGAGACCCUUGAGAACAUUCAAAACCUGCCUGAGAGCAGGGAAGACUUUCUGUUUCAGUACAGUGAUUGUGCCGUGACACUCUACGAGGUUCCGAAAGAAGCUCCAAGUGAUAAUAAUUUGGAGAAGAACGAUGCUACUGUGAAUGGAGCAAAUGAAUUGAGUGUGCAUCAUUCAGAAAGGAACAAAUUUGGAAAUUGCAGGAGCAAUAGUGAACCACCACCUCCCUUAGAAUACAAUCAGUACAGCCCCUCGCCUGAGUCCGAUCGACAUCAGCCACUAUGAAAUCCACAGAUCAUAAUCGAAUUCACCGACACAGUGUAUGACUUUUGACAUCAAUUGUCUUUCAUUUGCAUAUAUUUGCUAGCUCUUGUUUACUAGAUUCUAUUGUUUUAACACACUAGAUCUCGAGUUCUUUCAUACAUGUUUAUUUGGGGGAGGAGUAUGUUCAUCCCCAAUUCUUGGAAAUAGGAAGAUAUCACAAACCUGAGAUGUAAUAUUUUACUAGUAAGAUCAUUCUGUGAUGCAUGAGCAUUUGGCAA